AUGGGAGCGCGUGGCCGCCGUAACCUCAGGAACAAGAGGACGAGCAAGGAGGCGACGGCAUCAGCGUCGGCGUCGGCGGAGGGGGGUGACCACGGCGAAGAUACGAUGAAGAGGAAUAGUAAGAAGGAUCAAUUCCCUUCGACGAAGCCCACGGCGCAGGAGGAGGAGGAUGCCCAGCCGCCCGGCGCCGGCAAGAAGGAGAAGAAGAAGAGGGUGGUGAGGGAGAGGCUGCCGCAGGGUCUCAUCGACCGAGAGGUUGGCCCAGAGUUUGCGGACUAUGCCGAAAGAAAGGCUGAAACCGAGAAGAUGGUGGCCUACGAGCAGGCCCUGAUCGACCAGUACCUAAUCAAUGGCUACGCGGAGGACGAGAAGGAGGUCACCGACAACGAGGGCGAGGGCGACGACAUGGCGGAGAAAGAUAGAGUUAAUUAG